AUGCGGCAUACCUCGAUUGCUGGGCCAAGACUCGCAGAGCAACGUGCGAGUUACGGUACAGUAACGUCCAGCAACAGCGGACGCCCUGGAUGUGGUGCGGGUGGGGCCAGCAAGCCGUGGCUUGAGCGAGACCGAUUUGGACCCAAUGCGGCUGCGACCCAGGGAGCGACAAGGCCCAGCGCUGGCCGCGAGGUAGGCGGUACGCCGCUGGUGCGGGCGACCCGGGCACAGGCCGGCGUAGCGCCUACCGCAGGGCCAGCGCCGGGCCAGGUACCUGCACAGUGCCGACUGAGGCAGCGCGGCGACGACGUACCUGGAGUAGCGCGAGCAGCCGGAUCGCUGGCAACCAGGUCAGCACAGCUAGCACCAAGUGCGCGCGCCAGUAGCACCGAUGCGGUGCGUGCGUUCAUCUCAUCUUUUGGUUACGGUCCAGCCCAGCCCAGCACGGUACGGGGCAAAGCGCAGCAACGGAGCGGUACCUCCAUCCUCCGCGCAUCGACCACUGCAACUGCAGCAGCUGCUUAG